CAUGUGGAGCAGCUUCAAGACUUGCGUCACGUCACCCCCAGGUCACGUAGCGCUAGAUUGCUGCUUUGUCUAUGUGCUUUGUGCUUUCCUGCCUUCACUACGCCCAGCUGAAAGGUUCCCACGCGUACAGAAGGGUCCCCUGAAGACACCUGAAAGCCGACAUUUUUUGUCUGCGAAUUACCGCUGUGAUGAAAGCUGGAACAAACGGCUGGAGAAUCCUUUGGUCAGCAACAUAAAUUUGGGAGACUUCUAUUAUGACCUCAAUCAGAAAUACAAACGUGAGGGCAAAGUUAGUGCUAUUGAUGUAGACCUGUUUAUGAACCGGAUAGAUGACCCUGAUGCAGAAGGUGUGGCAGAGGAGGUGGAGGAACUGGUGUGUCGUCUCCGCUGCUCCCCGGAGACUGUCAACACGCUGGAGUCCACUCACUAUGCUGUAGUGCGCACAUUACUGGAUGGAGGCCACACUUCAGUCCUCAUGCAGCUGCUCACCCAACCCAUGACCUAUGGCAUCUUUCCUGACCACCUCACCUGCAAUCUCCUUAUGCAUACUUUUCUGCAGCGCAAAGACUAUACAGCCGCAGCAAGAGUGGCAUCAUACCUCAUGCUGCAGGAGGACUUUGGACCACCUUUGACCCAGGCCCUUGCAUUGACCUCCUGCUACCACUACAUAACUUCAGAGGACAAGCAGCCCUGGCAGGACUACACUCCCAAGGUGGAAGAGCCAAAGGAGGAGGUGAAGAUCAGGGUUAAGUUUCUGCGCAACCCUUACUUUGAUGACCACUUCGACCUCAAAGAACCAGACCACCUCGUAGGCAAGACAUUGGCCUGGGCAUCUCCACUGGUGCCGGGGUUGGUAGGGAGGAGCUGUGAGGUGCUGGGCUGGGCACUCUAUGGUAAAUGGGAUGAGUUGGAGGCUGCAUUGAAUCGAAUGAAAUCUGGGAAGGAGCCUAUUGCAGCUUCUGUGGUGAGUCUUGUGAAGUGUGUUAUAGAAGGCGUGGAGGACUUACAGGUGCGUGAGCAGCUCAUCUCAGCUUUGGCACACCUGGAGGCAGCAGAGUCAGGGGUGGUGGAGGAGGACCUUUCAGCAGUCAUCAUGCAGCUGGCACAGGAAGCUGCCAAGGAGGCUGAGCCACUAGACAUUAAAAUGCAGGAAGAAAAUUACUGCCGAUGGGAGAAGGAGAGAGAGGAAGAAUAUCAGAAACAAGUAGAGGAGUACAGAAAAAAGAAACUUAUGGCCGAGAUAGAGCACAAGAAACAGGAUCUUGCUGGAAAAGAGGAAGUCAUAUUCUUCUUUGACAACAUGAACAAGUUGAGUCUGUUGCUGCCUGAUAAAAGAAAGAAGUUUUAUCCAAAGAAAUCUCCUGCUUAUCCCAAGAAGAAGAGACCAAGAGUUGUGGAUGAGGCAUAUGUACCACCAGAAGUCUGAAGAUGCUUCAAUGUCCACAGGAUGGGCUUAACUCAGGAACAAGCAAGACAUCUGCAUUACAAGACAGACUGGAUGCACAAGGACAGGAUAGCAGGAUACACCUUGCAUCUGUUCCAUGAUCCAGGCUGCAACCAAGUUUGGACUCAAGCUCUAGGCAACAUACAUUCAUCUAUGCAGCAGUAGUUCAGUAUUGGUCUUACUUUCUAAAACAAGGAAUGCAAACCAUUAUUUCUUCACCCACCUCCAAGUUUCCAGUGGAUGUCCACUAGUUCUUCUGAUGGAAUGCUGGUUUGCUUUUGUACAUUGCUUGACUUCACAAGUUGAUCAUGCUGCAAAAUUGAUGUUAUUAAAAUAAUUGUGUUAAUAUAUACUGUACAUAUUAUUAUGUCUGUUGUGGAAAUAGUUGUAAUCGUAUCUUGGUUAUAAAAAUGUUCAAAUAUUCA